UCUAUGCUGUACAUCGACGCUAGAUGGCGCAGCAAGAAUGGUCUUAAUUUCGUUUGCGCAUAAUGCAUAAUUUCUGCUCUAUAAACCCUUGAUUGUUAUCUGAUUGAUAGUGUAUGUUAAUUAAUAUGGCUGCUGCAAGAGCGAAAGAACCUCGAACAACUACAGUCAGUGAAACUGUCACCAGGGAUGGAGAGGAGAACCCAACAUUGGUGUUACGAUUAAAGAAACCCAAAAAUGAUAGAAAAGUAUCAUGGACAGAGGGCACAGUUGAUAACGAGAUGAUGAAUAAGAAGAAAUCUAAAUGUUGCUGUAUCUAUGAGAAACCAAAGAUGUUUGGAGAAAGCUCAGAUGAAGAUGAUGAUGAUUGUACAGGCAAUUGCCAUGGUCACAAGAAAAAGUGCUACAGACAUGAUUUACCCAAUGGAGAAGGCACAAGUGGUGAUGGCAGUAGUCCGGGUGAAUCCGCACAGAGCUGAGUGGAACUUUUUCAAGAUCUUGUAGCAAUGUGAUAUCAGUGUGUUAGCCCUCAAUGUGAUAAACUGUAGACCAUGGCUGUAAUGCUGGAAAGUAUGCUUCAGUGACUUUAUUGAUUCCGCUUAAGUGUCUUGAAGGAGUUAAUUUUCUAGAGAAAGAAAUCUGGUAGGGAAUUGACGUAACUAAAUGAAGCCAGGCACAUCCAGGCUUAUAACAGUCUAUUAGGGGAUGGAUUUGCUACUUAAGUAGUGUGUUCACAGUAAAUUAAUGAAAGGAUUCAUUUAUUGGUAAGUGAAUUGGCAGUAGGACUAGGUGUCUCAGGACUUCUAAGCUGUAUUUAUUUAUGUACGAGAGGUAAGGUAAAGUGGUACAAUUAUGGCCACAGUACAAUAUGUUAUAGCCCUUUAGUCACAGUGUAAAAAAGAAAUUGUAGUACACAUUGCAUGCACAAUAAGGCCUUUAAUUGUACUGUGGCUUUAAUUGUACCACCUUUGCUUAUUUGGCCUUUGUGUUUAUUCUGUGUACUCUGAAUCAACCAAUUUAACCGUGAACAAAGUUAUCAGAGGAGUGACCAUUAUAAUUCUUGACAACUGCAGUGAUUUAUAAAUUGCCGGGAAGGGAAGGAAACUUUACCGGUAGAUCAAUUCUUUUGAAAUGUCGGACAAUACAGUCUUCAGCCACAUCACAAUGGUCUCUCAGCUGACCAGUGGUUAAAAAUCUGUUCAUCAUAGAUUGAGCAAUUUAUUGAUGAUGUAUUGUGUCUUUUUUUAAAUGUCCGACAUUUCUGAUCGACUUGAAUGAAUUUAUUGAAAAUGUACCAAUUGAUUUGCUUGCUUUUUGAACCUUGAUAAAAAACCCUGUAUUUAUGUAUGUAUGUAAUGUUGCUGUGUAAAUAAAUUGUAAAUGUUGAAAUGGAUAAAGCAAAUUUUGUACAUAAUAUCCACACAA